UGACCACUUCCUCAUGUAUUAUUAAGCGCCCCACAGUGGAAUCUCAUUUAAAGGUCUACUGAUGCAUAGCGACAACCUGUGGCUGACUCUCACCAACUGGAGUGAAGUUUAAAUUGCACCUUACCAAUUAAAUCCAGCGUAAUUUUAAGAUACAGGGGAGAAUUAUGGGAGGGACAGUAUCUGUCGAGGAUAGCUUCCACGUUGUGAUUGUUGGCGGUGGCUUUGGAGGGAUUGCAGCAGGAAACCGUUUGAAGUCAUACAAUGUUCCAUUCACAUUGAUCGAUGUGAAAGAUGCUUUCCAUCACAAUCCGGGAGCACUCAGAGCAUCAGUGGAAAGUGUUUGCUUUUUUUUAGGAUUUGCAAAGCAAACAUUUAUAUCAUUCAAAGAGACAUUUGCAGAGAACUUCAAGCAAGGCAAGGUUGUUGACAUUGAUUUAGAAAAGCAGAAUGUUAUUUUAGAAAAUGGAGAUACUCUACGUUUUUCCCACCUCAUUUUGGCAACUGGUAGCUCAGGACCAUUCCCUGGAAAAUUUGCUGAACCGGUUACAAUGGAGAAUGCCAUCCAGAUGUAUGAAGAUCUUGUAAAACAGGUUCAAGGAGCUCAGAGAAUUGUGGUGAUUGGAGGUGGAUCUGCUGGUGUGGAAAUGGCAGCAGAAGUCAAAACAGAUUACCCUGACAAAGAGGUGACUUUGAUUCAUUCCAAGAUUGCUUUGGCUGACGUUCAGCUCUUACCCAGCGUUAGGCAGGGGUUGAAAGAAAUCCUCCUGAAGAAAGGAGUCGAGCUUCAGUUAGGACAGAAAGUCAUCAACCUUCAGGACCUGGUGAUGAAUGAAAUGAAGACUGACAUGAAAGUACUGACUGACAAAGGAUUGGAGGUCAUUGCAGAUUUGGUCAUCUGUUGCACUGGAAUAAGAGUUAAUUCUUCGGCGUAUUCAAAUGCUUUCAAAGAUUGCCUUGCUGAGGAUGGUGCAUUACUGGUCAACCCACAUUUGCAAGUCAUUGGGAUGGAAAAUGUUUAUGCAAUAGGAGAUUGUGCAGAUGUGAAGGAACCUAAAAUGGCUUACCAUGCUGGACUCCAUGGAGUGGUCGCUGCAGAUAAUAUUAUCAACAGUCUUGGCAAAAAGUGUCUGAAAGAUUACAAACCAGGUUCUCUGACUAUGCUAUUGUCAAUGGGUCGGAAUGAUGGAAUUGGCCAGCUUUUUGGCUGGCAUGUUGGAAAAUUCAUUGUUGUUAUGGCCAAAAGUAGAGAUCUACUAGUUUGGAAAAGCUGGAGAGAAAUGGGCCAAACAAAACCCAGCUGACUGCAGAGUGCCUGACUGUUGUCUUUCUGUCAUUCUGGAAUGUGCCUCUAUCGGCUUCUUUUAAUGCAUAUUUAAUCCUUUCGAAUAAAAAGUUAUGAUCCUGCAUCUUUAUAAAUAAUUUGCAAGUAGAAAUGAUUUAACCUGAACAGAUAUACAGUAGUCAACAAUAACGAUUUUAAAAAAUCAAAUAGGUGAUUUAUAUGGGUGCAGAAAAAACAGCAGUGAUCUCAUUUCUGUUCACUUAUGCUUAUAAAGCUUAAUCACUGCUGACAAUAAAUAAUUUUCCAAGCAGUGCUUUUGCUUAAUAUUUGCUUAUCAAAAUGUUUAUAAAUAAAGAACUUUUCUUCCCUGCUAUGUAAUAAUCUACAUUGCAUUUGCAGCUGUAGGAGACCAGAUUGCACAAGCCAAGAACUGUUUGUCUUUUGAUUAGGAAAUGAAUGUCUAUCCAAAUCUAAAACUGGUGAGGAGGUGGCAUUUACUUCAGCAGAAUUAUUCUCGUUGAACUUUCUCAACUGGUUAAAUUGUUAAUGGACCUGGAAGACCUGCGUUUAAAUCUUGGUGCUGAGUUAAUUGAUUCCAGCAGAAUGACCAGGACCCCUGGUUCUUAUCUCCUUCAUCUUUUCCUGUUUAGGGUCCUAUAUGAUCAGUGUUCCUGGGACUGAGAUAUAAGAAGGAAGUCUCAAUUGUCUUCUCACCAACAUGUCCCAACACCUUUUUAAUGAAUUCCUCUGAAUUAAUGUUUGAAAGCCCAGAAAUGCCAUAUGUUGUAUUUCAGUGGAAUCCCAACACUAGAAAAAAAAGCUUUAUCACCAACAAAUGCAUAUAUAUGAAGUUAUUUCGGUAUUAUUGAGUUUUGCUGUUUCGGUGUGACCUAUCAGUGUGAACAUCUAUGCUUUGGAUUUUUUUGUGUCUUGGGGAAAGAAUUUAAAUGACUCAGUUGCAGCAAACUAGAGGUGCUGAAAUCAGGUUUAUUGGAUAUCCAAUUAAAAAUGUUAGCGAUGCUAAAAUGUGCAACAUUAGACAUUUAUGCAACUUUGACAACUGGGUAACUCGAGCAAAGUUGUGUUGACCACUCUCGCUGUAUGGAUGGACUAUUCUAGGCUAUGUGAACUUAGCACUAUAAAUUCCAGGAUUCUAAGCCAGUGACAAUGAAUGGUUUGACAAUAUAAGUUCAAGUUAUGAUGUGAUUUGGAUGUGGUGAUCAUCUUCCAACAUAGAGUAUUCUCAAUUGUAUUGCUGUAGAAUAACUGGUAAGCUACAGAGAGUGCAUGCUAGAAGUGCAGUGUGCAGAUCUUCAGUCUAUUCUUACCAUUAUUGUCCCAUAAAAUGCUGGUUGGUUUUUUUUUUGCAACAAAAUAGCCAGGCUGAAAACUAUAGUCAUUAUUUUUUUUAACCAAUCUAUUGUGUAACUGCAUAUCAAAGUACUGAACAAAUAAUUCAAUUGACUUUAUUCUAAGUCAUCACCACAUAAUUGAAGGGUAAGCCUCAGCAAUUAACAGGGAUUGUAUGCAACCUGACUAAAAUAGACUAUUGUGAUGUAGUGGUAGAGCCUGUACCUCCUGAACCAGCAGAGUUCAAGUCCUACCUGCUCUAGAGGUGUGUGAUAUCAUCUCUGAGCAGGCUGAUUAGAAAAUACUUGCUAAAAAUUCUGACUAAACAGCUAGUGCUGUCCCAGUUCGUUAUAAAGUCACAGGAGCAUGGAAACAAACCCUUUGGUCCAACCAGUCCAGGCUGACCAUCAUACCAAACUAAACUAUUUCCACAUGCCUGCACUUGGCCUAUAUCCCUCCAAAUAUUUCUUAUUCAUGCACUUAUCAUUGGCAUUUCCUUUCAUAUGAACACCUCAUCCAUAAGCCCAAGUCUGACCUUGCGAGAGCAUUAAAGCUCAAAUCAGCACAAUGGUAAAGGCAUGUAGCAAGGCCAAAUUGAAACUAGAAAUACAAAUUUCUUUCCAGUACAGGUAUAUACUCAUGAGGAACAGGUGCAACCCUCAACUGUAAUAUCUAGAAUAUGCUAUGAAUGGUGUUCUCCUGUAAAUAAGCCUCUAACUUGUUGUACUUCUCACUCUCUAGUGCCUUAAGAUCAAAGAAUAAAAUUUUACAGCUUUCAAGUUUCAUAGUAUAUGCUUAAACCUCUUCAUAUCUUUAACUAUCUCCUCACUAAAACUGAUCUUUUUGAUAAAAUCUUUUCAUUAUUGACCCUAAUAUCCUUGAGAUGCAAUAUCAUACUUUGCUUAAUAAUGUUCCUGUAAAAUCUCUUGGUCCAUGUUAUUAAAGGUGCUGUAUAAAUGGAGGAUAUUACUUUGUUCUCAACUAUCACAAUGAGGCUUCUGAUUCAUUCUAGGAGUUUGAAUAUCAGCACAUAUGCAGUUAUUCCAAGAUUCAGUAAACUGGAAUUGCAUUUGCAGAAAACAUCUGGUUCCAUUCAUGAGAUGCUGUACCCUCCGUUUAGGUGGGGUGGAAAUCGUUGUUUUGGUUUUGUAUAAAUCAGCAGACAUUCUGUGUAAUCUUUGUCCUUUAAAUGUUAUUGAGUCACUUGUUCCUGAUUUCUAGCUUUGCUGAUACAUGGGGGCAGCUCCCUCAACAGUUCGAUUUGGAUUUGUGUAAUAUUAGUUUAAAUCCAGUUAAACUGCCAAGAUUGUCCCUCUGGUUUGAAUGAAAUGCUGCAUCCUUUUCCUUUUACAGAUCUUGAUACAUGUUAGAAAGUGUACGAGUAUUUCGCCAAUUGAUCUGCUCUGAGUUAUUGUUUUAGCACAUUAAUCCCUUUUCAGUUUGAUAUCCAUUCUGUUUUGUUCCAGUUGCAUCGAUAUCUCCAUUAAACUAAAUUACUUCAUACACACUGAUGUUUGGUUAUUGCCAAGUUAUCCAUAGUUUGAUGAAUGAUUCUUUGUGUUGCAAAAAUAGAAUGGUCCCCAUUUUUAUUCUUUAACUGAUACUUCAAUUGUGUAAAGACAAAGCCAUCAAACAGGCAUUGUAAAUUCCACACCUUGUUACAAACAUUUAAAACUGGGUAUCAAUUGUUGCAACCCCCCACUAAAUUCUACUUCAGUUUUAUUUGCAAAUUUUUGUCACCUUGCAAUUCAGGUCAUGAGUGUUGUGUAUUAUGAUCACACUAGACCUUUGUCUUAUGCUGGAAAACCAAAAUGCACAUCAGUUUUUGAAAAAGCCCAGUACUGAUGUAGAUGCAUAUUUGGGUAAUGUUCUUCUACUUACACUGCCAGUAUAAACUUAAUGGUUGCCAGCCUACCGAUGGGCUUAGCCAACUCUAUAAUUCCCAUUAAGAAUGGGCUGAGAUGAUUUUGAAGCCCAGAAUUAAUUGAUACCUAUAGAUGAAUUCUAACAUAGUAAUGGUUCUAAACUGGAGUCCUUGUUAGAAAUCAAAGCAUCACAAAACAUUUUUCUUCAACACUCAUGGUUGCUGGUUUUCAUGUGGUCAAGUUCUUACCAGCUGUUCAGUUUUACCUCUAGCUAAAUAGUGUUAAUAGUAUUGAAAUUAAGUGCACAAUAACUAACAAUGCUGCAGCAAAGAAAGCCCCAGCUGUAUGAAAAUUCUCACAAGACACCCGAUGCAGAAACUUGACACUGGUGCUGUAGCAGUUGAAUUGUCGUGCUGUCAGUGAGUUAGUGACAUAAGUAGCCAUGUGGUGUCCAUACAAUUUCAAUAUAUUCCUAACAGUUCUUAAUACUCAAAUGCAAUGUAAAGAAAUCUAGAAAGUCGUUCCUUCUUAAAAAUAAA